CCAGGCUCCCUUUAAUGGGAUAGCUUUUGAGUGCAGAAUUCGAGCUAGAGAUUACCUGGGAAAAAAUCCAAUUUUCUUAUUCGGAAUAAUUUUGGGAUUAGGUGCCAGUGAGGUGGCAUUUAUGACGGGGAACGUGGGACUACCUGAGUCUUCCCUCACCCCACCCCCAGGACCCAGAGGUGGAUGCGUUUGCCUGGGAACACAGGCAGAGGGAAGCUGGCUCGGCUCCCAGACCUGAGUGCUGCAGGCUGUGGUAACCUAGGCAAGGGAGGCAAGGGGAGAGCAAUCUCUCCCUCCCCAGUUCCCAACGACCUAUCCCAUGCCUGGGUCUCAAGGUCGCAGAGAAUGCCGCCACAAUAGCUUUGAGCCUUGUCCUUGCCUGUCUUCCUUCAGUUUGGGGCUGACACAGGAGGGAGUGGUCGGCAGGGAAAUGGGAGGAGCCUUGACCUCCUUCCCCUCUGGAGGACACAAGGCAGCCCUCCUUUUACUUUGUUGCCAGGACCUUGAGAGUUGGGGCCCGAACAGCAGGAAGGAAAUGACUUAGAGGCCUUACAAAUACAUCUGCACAUUCUUGCUUCAGACUUUACAACUGAGGGCCAGCCCAGUCUCGGAAGCACCUCUUAUUACUGUUACAAGGAAACUGCUACCUCAGCAAACAGAAGGAAAGGAGGAGAAGACUUAGAAUAACAAAUGGCAUUUUUAGGAAAAACACUUGUUUUCAGAAAACAGUAAAGGAAAUUUGGAAAUUUUUCACAUUGAGAAAAAGAUCUGUGGGUGAAUGGAUUUGGCAGGCGGGCUCUGUCAAACUAACGCAGCGUUUAAUCUUCCCUCCCAAGGACUUCGUGUGAAGUCACCGUACUGCUUUUUAAAUUGCUGUUGAUCAGCUUGUGGGUUUUGGGGCUCUAAUUUUUCUGGUAUACUGAAGAUACAUUAUAUUACAUUUUUUAAAGUUAAGUUAUUUUUCAGCCAUUGUAAAUACAAGUAUCAAAAUAUUCUUUUGCAAAGCAAUGAUAGGUAAACAUUUUUCUCCGCAAGCAUAUCUUUUUAUUAAGAGAGUGGAAUGCUAACAGUUCUUACACAGCAUUUCAGACACACAUUUAUUUUUUGGUCAGCGGUCCUCCUGCCUACCCUGAAAACAUUCAUCAUCUAAACCUGUUGUUCUCCCACCGACGUUGGAUCACAUGGGCUCCUGCCUCAUGGAAAUGCCUUUUUCAAAACUUAGAUUUGCAGAACUCCACUAUUUUUAUACCUAGCUACGGUCUUGGGGGGAAAAAGAGGAAUCCGAACCCUGCCCCGCCCACGGUCCCUGGGACAGCUCCCGCUCCCGCAUGUAUUGCUGCAGCGCCCAGGACAGUAAAAUGGACUACAAGCGGCGCUUCCUGCUUGGCGGGUCCAAGCAGAAGGUGCAGCAGCACCAGCAGUACCCGCUGCCUGAGCUGGGCCGAGCGCUGAGUGCUCCCCUGGCGUCAGCAGCCCCCGCGGCCCCCCUGGGCAGUCUGACCGCCGCAGGCAGCUGCCACCAUGCCGUGCCCCACUCCACUCCCAUCGCUGACAUCCAGCAAGGCAUCUCCAAGUACCUGGAUGCCCUCAACGUCUUCUGCCGGGCCAGCACCUUCCUCACGGAUCUUUUCAGCACUGUGUUCAGGAACUCGCACUACUCCAAGGCCGCGAUGCAGCUUAAAGACGUGCAGGAGCACGUCAUGGAAGCGGCCAGUCGGCUGACUUCUGCUAUAAAGCCCGAGAUCGCCAAGAUGCUGAUGGAGCUCAGUGCUGGGGCGGCAAACUUUACAGACCAGAAGGAGUUCAGCCUCCAGGACAUUGAGGUGUUGGGGCGAUGUUUCUUGACGGUGGUGCAGGUCCAUUUCCAGUUUUUGACCCAGGCCUUACAGAAGGUCCAGCCCGUGGCUCACUCCUGCUUUGCCGAGGUGGUUGUGCCAGAGAAGAAGAACGGUGGCGGCAGCGGCUUAUCUGGCGUGAGCCACACGCCCGAGUUGGAGGAAGCUGUGCGCUCCUGGCGGGGCGCUGCCGAGGCGACAUCCAGACUGAGGGAAAGAGGCUGUGAUGGCCGCCUGGCAGGCAUCGAGGUUCAGCAGCUCUUCUGUUCUCAGAGCGCGCCAAUUCCUGAGCACCAGCUCAAAGAACUGAACGUGAAGAUCGACAGUGCUUUGCAGGCUUAUAAAAUAGCUCUGGAAAGUUUAGGCCACUGUGAAUAUGCAAUGAAAGCUGGUUUCCACCUGAAUCCCAAGGCAAUUGAAGCCAGUUUACAGGGCUGCUGCAGCGAGGCUGAAGCACAGCAGACAGGGCGGCGGCAGACCCCUCCCCAGCCCAUGCAGUGUGAGCUUCCCACUGUCCCCGUGCAGAUAGGAUCACACUUCCUGAAGGGCGUCUCCUUCAACGAAUCGGCUGCCGACAACCUGAAACUUAAGACGCAUACGAUGUUACAGCUGAUCAAGGAGGCGGGCUGCUACAAUGGAAUCACACCCAGGGAUGAGCUUCCUGUGACCGAAGUACUGAACCAGGUGUGCCCGUCCACAUGGCGGGGCGCCUGCAAGACUGCCGUGCAGCUGCUCUUUGGCCAGGCUGGACUGGUGGUAGUUGACACAGCACAGAUUGAAAAUAAAGAAGCAUAUGCCCCCCAGAUCAGCUUAGAGGGCUCCAGAAUUGUGGUUCAAGUCCCGUCCACAUGGUGCCUGAAGGAAGACCCUGCUACCAUGUCCCUGCUGCAGAGAAGCCUCGAUCCUGAGAAGACCCUGGGGCUGGUGGACGUGCUCUACACAGCCGUGCUGGACCUCAGCCGCUGGAGGGCAGGGAGGGAACAAGCUUUACCCUGCAUACAGAUCCAGCUUCAAAGGGAGAUUUGCGAUUUUGGGAAUCAGGCUGACCUGCCUUCUGGGAAUGGGAACAAAUCCUCAGGCGGCCUGCAGAAGACGUUCUCCAAGCUGACAUCCCGGUUCACCAAGAAAGCUUCAUGCACCAGCUCUAGCAGCAGUACAAAUUAUUCCAUCCCAAAUACCCCUUCCAAAAACCUCUUCAUAGCUGGGUGUUCGGAAGAGAAGGCCAAAAUGCCCAGCAAUAUUGAUUCAAGAUUACAAAGCAUUUUGAACAUUGGUAAUUUCCCUAGGACUACAGACCCUUCACAGUCAGCGCAGAAUUCCAGUAAUCAGAUGGCCAAUGGUUUUCUCCUGGAGAGACGUGACAACUUCCUGCCAGGGGAUGAUGGCAAGGACGAGAAGGGCAUGAACUUACCAACCGAUCAGGAAAUGCAGGAGGUGAUCGAUUUUCUCUCGGGCUUUAACAUGGGCCAGUCACAUCAGGGCUCCCCAUUGGUGACAAGGCGUAAUUCUGCUGCCACAGCCAUGGUGACUGAACAGAAGGCAGGAGCCAUGCCGCCACAGCAGCCACCACUACCAGUGCCCCCUCCACCACGGCCACCCCAGGCUGGAGCCCACGCCCCUCUGACCCCCCAGCCCGGCCUGGCACCUCAGCAGCCAUCCCCAAAGCAGCAACAACCCCAGGUCCAGUACUACCAACACCUGCUCCAGCCCAUUGGACCUCAGCAGCCCCCUCCCCAGCCUCGGGCCCCUGGGAAAUGGGUGCAUGGCUCAGCCCAGCAGCCCGCCCAGCCAGUCGGAGCAGGUCUGUCUCCUCUCGGCCAGUGGCCUGGCAUAUCUGAUCUCAGUUCUGACUUGUACAGCUUGGGUCUGGUGAGCAGCUAUAUGGAUAAUGUGAUGUCGGAGGUUUUGGGGCAGAAGCCGCAGGGACCUAGAAAUAACACCUGGCCAAACCGUGACCAAAGUGAUGGCGUCUUUGGGAUGUUGGGAGAGAUUCUGCCCUUUGAUCCUGCAGUGGGUUCGGACCCCGAGUUUGCUCGCUAUGUGGCAGGAGUGAGCCAGGCAAUGCAGCAGAAGCGGCAAGUGCAACACGGCCGCCGCCCAGGCCACCCCCGGGGCCACUGGCCCCCCAUGGAUGAUGCCCAUCGGACCUGGCCUUUCCCAGAGUUCUUCACAGAAGGGGACGGCCUGCACAGCGGCUGGUCUGGUGCUCAGGGGGACUCCGCCAGCUCAAGUGAUGAGACAUCCUCCGCCAACGGGGACAGUUUGUUCUCCAUGUUUUCAGGGCCUGACCUCGUGGCUGCUGUCAAGCAGAGAAGGAAACACAGCAGUGGAGAGCAGGAGACCAGCACGCUCCCCUCACCGCCUCUUCUUACCACAGUGGAGGACGUGAACCAGGAUAACAAAACCAAAACGUGGCCCCCCAAAGCGCCCUGGCAGCACCCGGCCCCGCUGCCCAGCACACUGCCCAGCCCAAGCGCCCCACUCUACGCAGUUGCCAGCCCCGGCAGCCAGUGGAACGACACCAUGCAGAUGCUGCAGUCUCCAGUGUGGGCCGCGACCAGCGACUGCAGCGCCACCUCAUUUACCUAUGUGCAGCCCCCACCGCAGCCCCCACCCCCACCAGCACACAAGGCAACACCCAAGGGCUUCAAGGCCUUCCCCGGGAAGGCUGAGCGCCGGCCGGCCUACUUGCCCCAGUACUGACCCAGGGGCAGCCUGCCUGCCUUGCCCAGAGCUGUUGGAGCCAGCUUCCCCACCCCAGGGCUGACUAGCUGGCACCAGCCCCCCCAGAGGACCAGUGCACCCCUGUCCCAGGCAGGGAUCCCUGGGGAUGUGGGUAGUUGGCAGCUCCAAGCCUUUAAGGCCUGGCUUCUCAAACUUUGGAGGCAUCAGAGCCCUGGAGGGCUAGCUGGAAACAGCUUUCUGACCCUCAGGGAGAUGCUGGGGGAUCUUUGAGCUAUAAGCUCCCCCAGUAAUUCUGAUGCAGGUGGGCCAUAGGCCACACUUUGAGAAACAGAGCUCUCAAGUUUGUAGUCCCACUGUGUGUGUUGGGAAGGCCUCAGGCCUGAAGGCUGAGAGCAAAACUGACCAUUCUUCUGAAACCCUCCCCCUCCUCCUCCUUAACACGUUGAGUGAUGACCACAUCAAUCACUGUAUUUUAUAGCUAUUUUUCAUAUAGGUUUUUAGUUAAAACAUCUCCUGCCUAAAACGCAUUGAAUAUUUUAAGAUAACAAAUAUAGAGGCUGGAUGUUUGUUCAACACUAUCUUUAUUUAAGCUUACACAAAACGGGCAGAGUAUAGAAUACUUGUGAUUGGAAGCAAUCACCUGUUUUUUCUGUGGGUGGGCAGCCAGCCCCUCGCCACCCCAAGCAGCACCCCAGGGGUGCAGUUCUGACUGGAUGUACAAAACCAGGAUCGUUUGAGAGGCAUAUUCCUGAUGGUGCAUGGAGAUGAGCCAGCUGGCUGCUGUCCAUGAGCGGGAUGACGUUGCACCUGCUGCCCUCAGAUCCACACGUGGCCAGAGGCUUUGACACAGUCUCCAAACUUGGGGGUGUGGUCAAGAGGCUGCACAAAGACACCUGCACUUGAACUUGCAGUAACAUUUGUGAGCUGGCUCAAGACAAACCGAUUAAGAUGUAGAUAGGAAUUAAUUUAAAGUCUUUUCUUUAAAAAAAAAAAAACACAAGAACAAAAAACCACCUCAUUUUCAGUUGACAUGUGCCAUUAAAGAGGUAACAUCCUGUGGAUUUAGGGAUAUUUUCCAGCCAGAAUGGAUCCAGAAGAAUUGAAUGGUGCUUAAAUUGAGAAAUAAUGAUACAUAUAUCUCUACAGAGUAGACAUAUCCCGCUGUAUAUUAAUUGAGGUUACAGAAGUUCUUUAUAUAAAACUUAUUUAAAUUUUUCAUAUUUCAUCUUUGAAAAAGUCUAAUUGAGAAAAAUCCAUAAUAUUUUCUGGUAUGAAAGUUGGACAGUAUUAAUAUUUUUUUUUAUAUUUUCUUAAAUCAUUAAACCAUUUUAAUAUAUAUGUUAACUACUAAUAAAUGGUUUAUUCUUUCUAACUCCAUAUAAGCUUUUCCAGCAGAGAUUGUAAUAACACAUUUAUGUUCUCAUUUUUCUACGGAUAUAAGUAAAUUUAUAUUUAAAAAUACCAAAAAGAAAAAAUAUAUAUGUAUAUGUAUGUAUACACACUAAUGAUAGAGGCCCCCUGGGGUGUCUGAGCCCAGCCAUCUGAAUUUUUAGUACUGUGUUGCCAGGCUGUUUGCAGGCCUCGGGUGUCGUCUUUUGUGCUGUGUGGGGAUGCCGUUGCUGCCUGUACUUCUGAUCCUUUUCACCGUGGCUUCCGAACAUUCACCUCACCAUGUUUACAGAGAACUAUUUUGUACAUAGACUUCUCCAGGCACGUGCUUUGCACCAACCCUGCGUGGCUCUUGUCUCUGUUCGCUGUCCCAGUGUGUAUCUGUCUGAGCGUGUUUGUGGCUGUUUUCCUUGUAAGGUAGUUUUCUGUUUUCCUUCUGUAAGGUGUCCACAGUACCUUGUAUUUUCAAGUUCAAUUAUACUGAAGUACUCUUGUUUUAAUAGUGCCUCCCCAAAGACCUCACCCGGGACAGAGGUCAGCCCUUGACGCCCCAGUGCAGGUGACCUUGACACUGCUACAUUGUCACUCUCUGGUCUGUUUUUCUCGAUUAAGCGGGACGUUUUGUAAUCGCAUAUCCGUGGGCUGUGAGACUGUGUGAAGCUGUUUGUGUGGUCUCCUUGUAGGUGCUGUGUUCUCGGCACCGCCUUGCUCUGAACACUGGUAAUUCCAGGUGCUGCGCUCGGCAGAGGGGUCUUGCCAAAGCGCAUGUGUGUGCGUGUGUGAGUGUGUGUGUCCUUUGCAUGGCCGGGCGUGACUUCCUUGCUCGGGCAUCAGCAGGACAUCGUGUGAAUAGUUACAACGCUUCCAAACUGGAACUCUACAUUUUGUAUCUUACUUUUAAAGCUCCUAUAAGUAAAAUAACUAUUGGCUUUAUUAAAAAUAUACAUUUAAUAAUACUUUGUAUCUCUGUUUGAAAUGAACUGCAGCAGACACAUGAGAAGCCCUGCCUGGUUCAUGACUUUGAAAAGGGACACCCGCAUUGCUUUUUAGGUCAGCCGGGCCCCUGGUUCUGAGACCUUGAGAGAGGAAAGACCACCGGGAAUAUUAAGAUGAGCUGGCGUGGGUGAGCAGGAAGCAGAUGACCUACUACACCUCUCUAUUUGGCUUCCCUAAGGCCAGUUGCUGGAAGAGGCUUCUGUAGGGACAGAGCCAAUGUUAUGGUGAAGGAGACCACCUGGAAGGAUGCAGGUUCUCUCCUUGGAUUGUGGCCUGUCAACACCCCCCUUCCACCAACCCUGGGCACUAUGAACUGCCCAGCCAGCCUUUCCAAGGAGCGGAUCCAGGGAUAAGCUCUCCCCCUGCUCUGCCAGGGACUCCAUAUCUGGCAAAGAGACUGUACCUUUCAGGGACAAGGACUAGUCUCUUUGGAUAAUAUCAUCCUGCUCAGCAAAAGGAAAACUUGGGUGAGAACCACAAAGGGAGGGUGUGUUACAGGAGAAUUUCAACUUCUUUUCACUUAGAGCAAGACAUUAUUUGAUCGAAACUUUUUUUCAUGAACUCAGGAAAAUGGAUAUGAGCAUUAAUCUAUAACCCACCAGUGUAAAUACUGCUCAGGCUUCUUUCUGCUGAAAUGCCCAGAAGCUGGGCAUGGGGACCAAGACCCAGAGCCUUCUAAGUGCCCCCCAGGACAAGGCUGCUUAGUAACAGCUGUGUUGCAUGAGUGUGCUAGAAAAUACACUAGAAGUGCAUAUUAAAAUGCUAGCCUUUUAUCCAAGCAUGUUCCUCUUCAACACCAGUACAUGGUGCUGUUCACUGACUUCAAUUCACAGCAGUGGUGGAGACAAGAGGAGUCUCAGGGCCUGGCUACAUGCCCAAUGGUUGAGUGGAAACCUGAACAGAUGUUACACCUGAGCUGCAAGAGGGUCCUUGGGAGGCUGGUGACCCUUCCUUUGUCACCUGGGGGACCCUGGCAAAGUAGGGCAUCCAGCUUAAAGGAGUGUUGCUGUGGCACUCUGAGGAGAUGGUCCUUUGUGCAUCCUGUGGCCACUGUUGUGACCUGCUUCCUGAUCUGGAGGCACAGAGGAAAUAAACCUUUCCAAUGGCCAGCUCCUCAAGUGCCAAAAAGCCAUGUCCAAGGAAGGCAUGACUGGCUGCCUCCCGGCCACAUAUGCUGAGGAACAUCCGGGGGCAGGCUCCUGGAAGUAUCACCCACAGCUGGCCUUCUGAUUCCACAAGGGGAGGCUGGCUGGACUCAGGCCUCUGUGAGUGUGGUGGGAGGGCUGCAUGUGGUAAGUACUGGGACUGGGUUCAGAAUAUGGGCUUAAGUGAGGAGGAAGGAUUGUUUCAGGAGGUCAUGUUCCUUGCAACAACUAAAGUCACCUAGGGGCAAGGCCCUUGCUAGGAGCCAGGGCUGAAAAGAAAAUCCAGUCUCUGCUUUUAAAACUCAGUCUUCACAGUCCCAUCUUUCCCAUACUUCUGAGGAGGUACCACCAUCCAUUCACCCAACCGCUCUGGCAGAAAUCUUAAAAGACAUUCUUAAUUAUUUCCUUUACUCUCCUUAACUGGCAGGUUCUGUAAGUUUAUCUACAAGCACAUUUGGAUUCCAUCAUGUUCUUACAUAUAUGCUACCAACAACCUGGUCCUCACUUGGCUCCUGCCUCUUCCUCUCUGGUCUCAGGGUUUCCUAUACACUUCUGCCAACCUCAGUGCCCCUCCCCCAAUGCCCACCUGCCUGCUGCUCCCACAGUGCUCCCUGCUUCUGCCUCCAUCUGUUCUCUUUUGGGUAGAAGCCCAGCCUUUACUCGCUUUGUUUUUCAUUAUAGCACUUAGCGCUCCCCUGGAAUCGAGUCUGCCUUUGUCCCUCUCACUAGAACGAAGUCUUGUUCGUGGCUACAUGGCCAGAGUGCAGAACAGCAUGAAACAAUUUCAGAGGAGCCAGACCAAACGAGGUGUUGAUGAGGAAAUUAUUGAGCAAAUUCUAAUGCCAAAAAAUAAUAAUAACGACUUAGAAUUAGCUCUCACAUCAAACUAGAAGAAUAAUACACGAUGCCAGAGUUUGUACCAGAACUGUGAAACGAGAUUGACAUUGCGAACUGCAGGCAGGAUUAUGCAGCUUUUUAGUAAUUAUGGAGUUUUCUAUUCUCGUGAAAACCCUAAGGAAUUUUUUUCAAGCAUCUA